UUUCCUUGACGCUGGUUUGGGGAGACCAGUCCAGCUCGCCUGCAUUCCUCCUCUCUCUAAAGCCUGACCGAUAUAGACAGAGAAAGAAAAGAGGAGGGGGGAGGAAACACCGAUUAUUAUUCUCAUUCGUGUUGGAUUUUAAAAGAACCAUUCGCCUCGCAGGACCCGAUAGAGCCGCAAACGAACCCCCUCUUCAACCUGCUCCGGUCGGACCUACAAACCUACAAAACACGACCCCAAAAAAAUGGCGUUUAUUUCCUCUUUAAUAAGGACGGGACUUUACCGUUAACGGGCAGCUCAGCUGUCGAAACGCAUCUUUUGGAGAAACAGCCUCUUCACGGCGGAUAUCUCCUCUUUUUUUAUCCUCCUUUUAUUGUUUUCUCUUUUUUUUUUAAAUGAGGAUUUUCAAGAUGGCUGAUGACAGCUAACAAGGACAGAGAGGCGACGUCCCCUUUAAGAUUAUGAGGGCUUUUUUUCUCACCCUGUAUUCCUAAUUAUUUAAAAUAUAUAUAUAUUUAUUAUAUAUAUAAAAUAUGGCUGCUUCAAAUAAAUAAUGCCCACAGCUUAUUCGAACCGUCCUCUCCGGUUGAUCUAGUGUUUCAUCUGUUACCUGUGAGAUGGUCAGGUGACGUCUAAAGGAAAUUUACACCUUUUUAAUCGAGAUAAGGAAGUAGGGGGGAAAAUGUUGUUUGCCAAAGGCUGAGGCGCCGAUAGGUGAAUAAGGUGGAGGCCACGAGCAGGGUGAAAAUACUAAUACUGAUCUUUGUGUGAGGAUUUAUUUGAUAGAUGUGUCGGAGAGGGGGGGAACCAGAAGCCUCUGCAACAGAAGCCAACAUUCCUGCGGAUCCUAAAACCCUUUGUUUUGUGCGCAGGAGGUGGACUCGAUUAUUAAAACGAUUAACUAUGCAGUAAACAGGCUCGAGAUCAGGGCUCCGGGGGUGAUUUUUUUCAUGUUUAAUGAGAUUAUAAGGCCUUUGUUGUCGACAGGAACCUGGUAGGAGGAAGAGAAGAAGAAGAAGAAGAAGAAAAAAAAAAGCCGAGGCCUUGUGUACAGAUAUGCGAGCUGUGCCACAUAGCAGGCGUUAUUCAUCUCAUAGAAAUGUGGCUUUUAUGUUGAAUUGAAGGGGCUGACGGAAGCCGUGCUGUCAAUCUGACUCGUUGGAGAGUGUUUUCUUGUCUGCUGCCAAACCGUCGCUGGUUGUGUGUGUGUGUGCGUGUAGUACACUGCAGGUGGAGGCUCCUCGGAUACUUAUUUGUAAUCCAGCGGACAAAAGCGUCGCGCUGCGUUGCGAUUAUUGACGGAAUCAUAGCGCCCUUGAAAGGUCCAGAUAAAAAACAGAUUCUGGUUUUGUGGGGGGGGGGAUUUGCUGUUGAAAAGACUCUUUGUGUGGAUAGUAAUCGGGGUGUGGACUGGACUGGAGCAGUCCGUUUUCUCGUGGUUUUCAUGCUUCGUUUGUUGCUCUGAAUUCGGUCCACAGUCGAUCAUAAUCCGACGCUGGAGUGGAGGAAAGCAUUGAAGGUAAAAGGGCACGAGCAGGCAGCGAGGAAGGGAAAAAAAAGAAGGAUCAAGUGUCUUUUCAUGUGCUUCACAGAGAUUGAUUGGGCUCGUGAUCAUAUGAGUAAUUAUGUAGAUGUUUAAGUUUCUAUGUGCCUUGCUUGCAUUUCAUGGUUUUACCUGCAGCUGACAGGCUUUUAGCUUCCUGUAGGCCUAUAAACACACAGAGGGCCCUGUGUGUGUGUGUGUGUGUGCGUGUGCGUGUUUGUGUGAUUUAGAGGAAAGGAAAGCACCGUUUACUGUAAUCUGUGUAACCAGCUCCUGCUGUGCGUGUUGAAAUCACCGAGGUGUUGUCAUCUUUGCCUUCUAUGGUUACAUUUUCUGUAAUUGUUGCCUUCAUGCUAAGCAAUACUGGUCACCUGUCAGGGAGUCUCGUUUGGUUUGGUCACAAGGGUUGAAAUAUAUACAGACUGAUCUUUCAGGCUGGCAUCGGGUUUGUUUAAAAAAAAAAAAACAUUUUCCCUCAAGACUCGUGUUGAGUCGUGUUUUCCUUGCGAGGACCGAGAGGCCUAAGGGUCCGGUAGAAGUGUGGAACAGUUAGUGUAUGCCUGCCCGCACCAUGAUGUCCGCUGACAUGGCUGAGACGUGGAGGAACUGUUUUGAGGAGGAGCUCAUCUGCCCCAUCUGCCUGCACGUGUUCUCAGAUCCCAUCCAGCUGCCCUGCAAGCACAACUUCUGCCGGGGCUGCAUCAGCGAGGCCUGGGCCAAAGAGUCCUUGCUGGCCCGCUGCCCCGAGUGCAAUCAUGCGUACACGCAGAAGCCAAGCCUGGAGAAGAACCACAAACUGUCCAACAUAGUCGAGAAGUACAACGCCCUGAGCGUGGAGAAGGCCACCACGCCGGCUCUGCAGUGCAUCCUGUGCCGCCGAGGCCCGCCGCUCCCCGCCGCGAAGGUAUGCCUGCGCUGCAACGCCCCGUGCUGUCAGUCCCACGUCCAGACGCACCUGCAGCAGCCGUGCUCGGCCCUCGGGCACCUGUUGGUGGAGGCGGAGGCCGUGAAGGCCUGGACCUGCCUGCAGCACGACGAGUACAGGUUGUACCACUGCGAGGCCGAGCAGACCGCGGUGUGCCAGUACUGCUGUUUCGCCCGCUGCCACCCCAGCCACGGCCACGCGGUCACUGACGUGGAGCUGCGACGCAACGACAUCAGACAAAGCCUGUUAAGGCAGCAGGAGCGCGUGGAGGAGCGAGUGCAGGAGAUCGAAGAGCAGCUCUGCAAACUCGACUCUGACAAGUGUGUGGUGGAGGACAGGGUGUGUGAGCUGAAAGAGGAGGUGCGUCUGCAGUACCAGCGGAUGCACCAGCUCCUGGAGGAGGAUCUCGGUCGGACACUGGAGGCUCUGGACCGGGCUCAGGCUCGGUUCUGCCAGGAGAACGCGGCCCAGGUUUUGGCUCUGGGUGAGCAGCGCCACGAGGCCCAGAAGCUGCUGAGCUCCAUCCACACAGCCUUCAGUAAGGCGGAGGAGCUGAGCUUCAUGAAAAACACCAAGCCUGUUAAAAUCCUCACAGACAGGUCUCAGGCAUGUGUGGGCAGCAGCCUCCCUCCUUACAAAGUGGGGAAUCUAAACUCUAAACAAUUCCUAUCUGAAAUCUCAAAAAGAGAGAAGAGCUUAAAGAGAACGCUGGAAGGUAGGAUCUCAAAAAAAAACAUUAAUGCGCUUUUUAUUUUAAUUACCUCUUUUCUCUUAUUUCACACCUUUUCUCUUCUCUCAGUUCCCCUCACCCCUCCCUCGACCUUCCUGCAGUCUGUUCCUGCCUAUUCCAGCGGUCAGAGCUCCGGCUCUGGAGCGGAGAAACGGAAACAUUCCUCUGCCUUCCCAGAGGGGAACGGGAACGUCGGAAAGACCGCCACUCCGGGUUUCAAGGACUCCUCCUCUUCUUCCUCAUCUUCUUCCUCAGCGUUAGCCAAACAGCCCUACCUGGGCUCCGGCUCUGCCUCCGGAGAAGGUCAGUCCACCAAUCAGCAGCCGCUGGGCCCCUGCGGCCCGCCUCACAUCGGCGAGAGUGGCGGGACAGGAAGUGGAAGCGGCUCUCUGACCAACCACCAUUCAGGCUCUGUGUUCGGCUCCUCGCACUUUCCUCCCGGGGGCAGCGGCUCCUCACACUCCUCCCAGCAGGCCGUGCUGCCUCAAUAUGGCGGGCGUAAGAUCCUGGUGUGUACGAUGGAUAACUGCUACUGCUCCGGAGUGCCGUCGGUGUCGGGCCACCGCAGCCAUCCCCCGUACCCACGCUCUGGCUCUUUCCCCUGGGUCAGCACCCAGGACUACCCCCCUCCUCCCGGCCUGGCCUCUGGAGGUCCGUCCAUGCAGGGCUUGGCAGUGAGGGACUGGAUAGACGCCUCGCAGACGCACAGACAUGCAGAUUUCUACGGGCUGUAUGGGCAGCCGUCAACAAAGCACUAUGUCACCAGUUAACAAAGUAGACAUGUACACACACACACACACACACACACACACACACACACACACACUUGGAUAUAGAGACAGGCACCAAAAUAGCACACUGUUACCGUCUUAUUAACCGGAUAAAAAAGUUAGAGUAUACACACAUUCAAAUAUUACGAUUUGUAAACACACACACACACACAGACACCGAUCUAGAACAUGCACACACAUUCGGGGGCAGGGUUGAUCUCUUGUGUGUUUUUUAUUUUCUUCUUUUCUUUAUUUUCAGUCGGUGUUUCAUGUAGUGUAUUAUACGUAAAAAUGCAAGCCACCACGCUCACUCUGGCACAACUUCGCUCAGCAUUUUACACAUGAACAAGAGAGGCCUAAGAGAAGAUUGUGACAUGCAUCUUUUUAUUAUUUAUAGAGCAGAAGAUGGAUUGUUAGAAAAUUAACUUUUAUUAGAAAACGCCUCUUUGUGGCUGUUCACCGACGCUAAAGGGAAAAGAGAUGACAACCGUGCAGUGUUGAGCUUUCCAGUUUAGCGCCUCAUGUUUCUCUCAUAUAAUCACCCCUCUAGUUGUACUGAGAUCAAUUGCCUUAUGUUAUUAUUAGCAUCAUGUUUUUUCUUUUCUUCUGCCCAGCUCACUUUGUUUGGUUGAUCCUUUUUAAAGAUGGACUCUUAGUUUUCAUCGUCAUGUCACCACAUCCCUUCUUUGCCGAGUUCAGGGAUGGGUCGUACGGCUUGAACACAAAACGCUCUUCCAUGGAACACCCACAAUGCACUUGUGGACGCCUUGCUAUGCCUGGACUACAGAUGCGGACCCACAGAGGGACACCGGAGCUGCAUCUGAAGGGCCGGUUGACCCUGGCCCAAAGAGUUUUGAGGAUUUGGCCCUUAUUCCGAGCACUCCCUUCCUGCUAUCAGGCUUCCCAUAGGACAGAAAACCUUCUUCUGACAAAGACUGUUUCCAUUUAGUAAUUACUAUGACUUUGUGUUAUUUGGUACAUCUGUAGGUUUCAUGCUUGUCUAGAUAGACUCUUUUGAUUUUAGAGGAAAAGGCAAGACUGGACAGACCAAACCAAUCAAGCAUCUGAAGGAUCUGAUGAUGCUGUAAUUGUACUUCCUGCAGGGCAAAGAUGUCACUUCCUCUCAAUAAGCACAUGAGCUCUUGGCUUCCUGUUUGCAGCUGAAAUCAUGGAAGGAAGAGGUUUUUUUUAAGCACUCAAAAGAAGAACAAUGGGGGCGGGCGG